AGCCCUAAUCUCUCAAUUUCCCCUCGUCGCCUCGCUAAUUGCCUGCGACUGCAACAAUAUGCAGAUCUUUGUCAAGACGCUUACCGGGAAGACCAUAACUCUCGAGGUCGAGAGUUCUGAUACCAUCGACAAUGUCAAGGCAAAGAUUCAGGACAAGGAGGGAAUACCGCCGGGCCAGCAGCGUCUCAUAUUUGCCGGUAAGCAGCUGGAGGAUGGUCGAACUCUUGCCGACUACAACAUCCAGAAGGAGUCCACGCUCCAUCUUGUGUUAAGGCUCCGUGGUGGUGCUAAGAAGCGUAAGAAGAAGACCUACACCAAGCCUAAGAAGAUUAAGCACAAGAAGAAGAAGGUCAAGCUCGCCGUUCUUCAGUUUUACAAGGUCGACGAUUCUGGAAAGGUUCAGAGGCUUAGGAAAGAGUGCCCUAACGCUGAAUGCGGAGCUGGUACCUUUAUGGCCAAUCAUUUUGAUCGUCAUUACUGUGGCAAGUGUGGUUUGACUUACGUAUAUCAGAAGCCCGGCGGCGAUUAGGUCUAUUUUAUGUCUACAUUUUGAUAGAAAUUGCUUGUUAUGAUAAUCAUUUUUUCGGGACAAUACUAGGAUUUCAAAUGAUCAAAUUGAUCUAUUUUCAUGAACUGUGUUACAUUUGGAGACGCUGGAUGCUCAAGAUUUGGUUCAUAUAUUUGAAGCAUCUUUCAAUUUCUGAUU